AUGUUAAUUACCAAGGGAAUAACCACCAAAUAUGGUCAAGGUGGUAAAAGAAUUCUAAAAAUGUACUCUAAGCUGUCGACAAAAAUGGCGAAAACAAAUAAUCGCGUUAAAUUUCUGCUCAAUUGUAGAAAAUGCAAAGUGAUACCGAAAUGUCUCAACUACCGUGUUCGAUUAAAUCUGAACAGUGAUCGCUCACAGCGAGAAUUAGAUAAAAUGUUGUUCAAACAUAAAAUACGCAUUUUGAGCAUCAUGAUUGCGGACGCGAAAAGAACGAUAGUGGAGCUAAAACGUCAGCAAGCUUUUUUACAACAUCAAAUGUUUGAAACCUUUGAGGAAGUAGACGUGCGCAAAGUGGAGAAAAUGGUGGAAAACAAGUCUGUAGUGGUACAUCAACGCGUAGAAAAAAGAGAAAAGAAGAAAGUAGCUGCAUUAAAAAUGCGUAAGAUUGAGGCUCUCUCGGGACGCAAUACAUGGAUUGAAAACACCACCAAUACACCCAUACCGGACUAUUUAGAACGCACACUAAAAUUGGGACCAAAUUUCAAUAUACAAAACCAAAGCAAAACACCCUAUGUCGAAAUGAUUGCUGAAGUGGAGAAUGCCAUCAAGUUUAAAGAUGCUGCGGACGAGAUUCGAACUGAUGUUGCAAUGGCAAUGAUAAACCACAUAAAUUUUCAAAAGCAACCCCGCCAUCAUGAACUUGAAUGGAUUAAUAAAGAUAUAUUGAAAAGUGGAAAAUUUUUAGCUGAGAACCCGAAUAUACUGGUUACCAAGGCGGAUAAGGGGAACAAAACAGUAAUCAUAUCAUCGUCCGAAUACCAGGAAAAAAUGGAAAGUCUCCUGGACGACGAAACCACAUACAAAAAAAUCAAAGGCGAUCCAACAGCCAAAAUUCUGAAAAAAAUCAGUGUAUUAAUCGAUGGGUGGCGUGAAAAUAAAUACAUUGAACCACGCACACACAGAAAACUGAAGGUUACCAGCGGCAACCCACCACGGAUCUAUGGACUUCCGAAAAUACACAAGCAAGACCGACCACUCCGACCCGUUGUGUCAACCAUAGGAUCCGCCACAUAUAACAUGGCUCAGUAUCUGGCGGAAAUCAUAGGACACAUUGUAGGAAAAACGGACUUCCACGUCAGAAACAGCUUCGAAUUCGCAGAACAGAUAACAGGAAAACAGAUACCCGAAGAUACGAUAUUAUUUUCCCUUGACGUAACAUCGCUGUAUACCAACAUCCCUGUGGAGUACGCAAUAGAUUGCCUUACGGAGAGAUGGGACGAAAUAAGUAACCACACGAAGAUCGACUGCCAUAGCUUCAUCUCGGCAGUCAAGCUUGUACUGGAUUCCACCUUCUUUGCGUACAGAGGAUCAACGUUCUCUCAAUGCUUCGGUUUGCCGAUGGGAUCGCCUCUCUCGCCGGUGAUAGCGAACGUAGUGAUGGAGAAGUUAGAGCAGCAUUGCGUAACCGAACUGGAGAGUAAAAAUAUCUCACUGAGUAUGUACCGCAGAUACGUCGAUGACUGUUUCUGUGUAGCAUCCAAUGAACAUGUGAACGAAAUUUUAAACACAUUCAACAGCUUUCACAACAGAUUGCAAUUCACAAUAGAGAUUGAACAGAGUGGAAGCCUCAAGUUUCUCGACAUGCUGCUGAAGAGAAAUAAUGAUCGAAUAGAGAAAACGUGGGCACCGAAACAGGAAGAUGGAAGGUACCUCGAUUUUGCUUCCCAAAGCCCGUAUGCACACAAAUGUAACACGGCUAUAGCAAUAUUCGACAGAGCUUUAAAGCUAUCCGAUUGCCAAAAUCGCCCUGCUGCGAUUAAAAUGGCAAAAAACAUCUUGCGCAUCAACCAUUACCCCACAUGGUUUGUCCGGAAAAUAUUAGCAGAUCGAGUACACAAACUCUAUAACUCUCUGCAAGCGACUAAACAAACCACUAGUGAGGUAAGAUACGUCUCCACCCCGUACAUCCCUGGACUAAGCGAAAAAUUAAAGAAGAUCUUGCACAAACACAAUACGGAAUUAACGUUUAAACCGCAAGAUAAAAUUCGGAAUCGGUUGUUUAGUAAACUUAAAGAUCCCGUCCCACCAGGAAAGCAGAGAAAUGUUGUAUACUCGAUACCAUGUGGAACGGACGAUGGAAAAGUCUACAUCGGACAAACGGGAAGGAAGGUAGAAACCAGGGUAGCAGAACACAAAAAUGAUGCCAAAAAGGGUGAGGCGAAAUCGGGACUCUCGCAGCAUACAGUGGAAGAAGGACACCUCUUUGACUUCGCCAAAACUCGGGUUUUAGAACGGAUAGAGAACCAGGAGACCAGAACAACAGCGGAAAUGUUCCACAUCAAAAUCCUAGGUGAUAGCAAAACCGUGAAUCUACAGAGAGAAUGCGGAACAUUCAAUGCUGCAUACAACGGUCUAGUCCUAAAGCUUCGUCAGAGUAACAACAACAAGCCACGUUUCUGUCCGUUCAUUCGCAGUCAGGCCCAGGAAGUCACUGUCGACACACAGAGCGUCAAUAAAAAGAUCACUAUCAAGCGCUUUCGUUUUCCACCUCCGUCUGCAAUCUCCAACUACAGUGUGGUCUGA